AUCGUCAAUCGCCUGAUAGGAAACGCAAGACAAGAGGCGCAGAUCCAGAGGAUUUUGGUGAGCACGGAUCGCCUUCGUCUAAUGGUGUCGCCAGGUCGCCUUUUUCGAUUGUUCGCAUCGCAGGUUGAAAUAUUAUGAACAAAGUGACUCGAUUGUAUACUAAAACAAAUCGAUCUGCAUGUAGUUAUGAACUGUGAUUAUCCUCUGUAGUGAAAUGUUUUGCUUGAUUCGCAGCGCACCAUUUUGGAAGUACCAAAUAUUGAAGAGAAGAUUUAUGUUGUAAUUGUUUGAAAAGCAAUCAAGUGUUGUCGUUGGAUAGGAGAAAAAACUACGUGUGUACGGUUAUUGUUUAUUGCAUUUUGUGUACAAAUGUAACAAUAUGAAAAAGAAUAAAUGAUGCAAUGAAAGUGAAUUUACUCUGAAUAGUUAUACAAACAGAUCUGAUUUUUCAAGGCUGUUGUGUUCAUAAUUACUGAUAAGUGGUAUGUAAGGAUGGGCGCAGUGUGGAAAAAGAGCUGUUGGAAACUGCGCCUAGUUUAGUCUGCAGAUAACAUCGUCAUAAUAGAAACUCUGCUUAGUGUUUCCUAAAUGUACACUAUACAACGCAGAUUAAAGGUCAUCGCCAAAGCUUAGCGGCGGAAACUGAUAGAAAGAAUCACACAAUGAUGCACAGUGGUGCGUUCUAUUCGCACUACCUGUUGCGGCCACCACCUUCAUCAUUGCUAGCAGUAUAUCUGAUUAAGUUAUCCGCCAGUAACUGCUGUCGUCAUCGAAAAUCUGCGGUUCCUUGGAAGUCUAUUUUGCCAUCAUUGUCACUACAGACGAAAAAGUCUGCAUUAAUCGAGAGGAAAUUCAGCACGGAAUUGUUACGACUGUUGUCGCAAAUAUUUUCGCAGCACAAGCAGCAGCACGCAUUGAAUUAUAAAAUUCUGUAUAGACCAGACGGAUUGGUAUCACGGGAUUGCUGCUAGAGAGCAAGUACUAAGGCAAGUCAGAAAUAUUCUGUGCGAAUCGAGAUUACUGCUACAAUAUUAGAAUUAUUACUAGUUAAGAAGAUAGCAUAGUAAAACCUAGCCAGGUUUUUGGCGAAAGCCAUGUAUUCCGAAAGUAUAUCGGAAUUGGACACGAUAGCUAAUGUGAUCGGUCUGCGAGGUGUGGGUACUAGUACGUUGACUAAGUUCGUGGAUAUGUGGUACCACGUCUUUCUGUGGGCUUUGUUUUCGUCGAUUAUCAUUCAUACUGGUGCAGCGGUGAUUGCAUUCAUAACGUUGCGUAAGCACAAGUUCGGGCGAUUUUUCUCAAUUUUUAUUCUGGUAAUGGGUGUAGUUUCACCGGUUACCGGUGGUACUGUUAGCAGUGCCACCAUAGCCUUUGUACAUAGAGCCUCGAAUCUGCCGAUGUCGCCUAUUUUGGCCAUGGUGUACGGAGUUGGUCAAACAAUCCUAUCCGCUUGCCUGGGCUUUACGAGAGUACUGGCGACACUGUAAAUGCAUAUAUCUCUUCUUGUGUGGUUAGUGUUUUUAGGCACUUAGGUACCCACAGACUCACACAUGCAACAAACACACAUCUAAAUUAUUGUACUAGUAGAAAUUCUAAAUAGAGCAGAAACAACAUUGACAAAAUGUUGGUCAUUUUACGAUAGGCCAGGUUUUUAUCAAAAUGCGGAAGAGAAGAAGAAAAAAAAACAAACACACCUAGACUCCUCCACUCGGAGGGCAACUAGCCAACGGCCAUAGACGAUACAGAAAAAGCAAAAAAAAGUGUCUGGCAAGUUCAGGCAGAUAUGGUAAUCUGGUAAGACUAAACUGAGUGCUGCUAAAAACUAGUAUGACAGAUAAUGGGAAGGCAACAAAGCGAUAAUAAAGAGGAUGCAAAAACAGCAAAAAAGAUCAGUGAUAUACACCUUAUUAAACCUAAUUACUAGUGAAACAUUGAAUGGGAUAAACACACCUAGUUAAAGGAAUAAAACGCCACUAUAACGAAAACCAUAAAUGUACUACCAUCAUUAUCAACUUUAUCAUAUGACAAAACGGAAUUCAAAUACCGUGCUUACACAUUGCUAUUCAUUUGAUUUAUUGUUUAAGUUUUUAUUGCUUGCCUAUUGUAUCAUCAAUACUCGUAAGAAUUAGCCUGCCUCCCAAGCGUUUAUCGUCCAGCAUAUCUAUAAUAUCAGCAAAGCAAUGGGAAGCAGUUAUUUAUUUGAUAAUUUCAUAAUUACAGUCUGCGUCUGUCUCUUUCUCUGUUCCCCUCUCAUAAACACACGCACGUUCGCCCAAAAUUGCACUUUUUAGUUCAUGUUUCAUGAUAUCCUUAUUGUAGAAAAAAACUAGAAGAGAUAAGUUGUGUAAAUUUUUCUCGCACCACACCUGGCAGAAAAGCUUGUAUGUAUAUUUUGUUCUAAUCUUAUUCUUCCGAAUAAGGUAAUGUAAAAUAAAAUAGGAAUGUAUAUCUUAAUUGCGCUAGGCAAAACGUGGGAAUCGAUAGUAUGGUUCAGUUCAAGCGUUUGUAACAAGAGAAUAUCACAGGAGAACAAAGGAAGAGAUGGUAUAAACAUUGGGUUUAAGCUAACGUCAAAUUCUCUCUAAAUAUAAAGUAAUCAAGAUACAUUAAGAGAAAAUGAAAUACAACAACCGCAAAACAAGAAAAAACUCCUUCGAAAAGCUUAGAAUGGAGCCGGUUUUAAUCGUAAUAAAUGAACGAAUGGAUAAAUGAACCAUCAAAGUCAAUAAAUCAAUAGUAAGUUUGA